AUGAACCUGUUAUCUGUGAUGGACUUCUUGAUCUAAGAUACACGAUGCCAUGUUGUUCUACGACGUUAGAAAUUUCUUAUCAAUAACAGUUAUUCUUCCAUUAUAUGUGGAUGCAGCCUGCAGAUCUGGUUGGACCGAACAUGGAACGUCUUGUUACUAUUUUAGCACAGACUCGCUGAAUUGGCGUGAUGCCUCUAGUGAUUGUCGAGCUCACUCCGCAGAACUAGUCAUUAUAGACUCCAAGGAAGAGAAUGAGUUUAUUGCAGAAGGGAUAAAUAAUCAUACGGGAUCAUUCUGGUUAGACGGUUCGGAUGAAUUUACAGAGGGUAUUUGGGAAUGGGCGUCCAACGGAGAACCUUUUGGUUUUACAAGCUGGCUUCCACAUGAACCAUCGAAUUACCAUCACAACGAGGACUGCCUUAUGACACAGAAAGGGUACAAUGGCAAAUGGAAUGACUAUGGUUGUUCCCAUCGAAUAAAGUUUAUAUGUGAACAGAACUUAGAUAACCCUAUCAUUGGAUGACUUUGACGAGUUUCCUGAACUACCGGUAGUUAUCAACAUAGAUCAAUAAAAAUUUUGUCUGCAGAUUCGCCUUAUUUUAAAG